UUAAACAGUUGAACUCUACUGUUUCUUGAUCACAAGCCACUGUCAUCAAAUCCACUUGCACUUUGGGAAUAGGAAAAAAAUCAGUUCCGUCUGAACAAAAUCACUGCUUGGAAAUCUCCAGCAAUACUGAAAGCCCAUUUUGCAGCAAUUCUUUAUGACACUUUCAUGAUAGACUGUAAAAUACAAUUGCCAAAAAUGGCUAACAAAUCAGUUAUGCUUCUGAGCCUGGUGGUUCUUCACAGCACAGUUAUAAAUGGAAAAAUGACAUGUAAGUGGCAAUUGGUGGAGGAAUGGCAUACACAACCCUCAUCGUAUGUGGUGAAUUGGACACUAUCGGAAAACAUCUGCACGGACUUCUAUGGAGAUUGCUGGUUUGGGGAUGUAAAUACUAAAAUGAGCCCUUUAGGCAAUCAAGUUGUUCCCCAGAUUUGCCCUUUGCAAAUUCAAUUAGGAGACAUUCUUGUAAUUUCUUCUGAACCAUCUCUUCAGUCUCCAGAAAUAAAUUUGAUGAAUGUUUCUGAAGCAUCGUUCAUUGACUGUAUGCAAAAUGCCACAACUGAAGAUCAGUUACUUUUUGGUUGCAAACUGAAAGGAAUGCACACUGUGAAUUCUCAGUGGCUGAGUGUUGGGACACAUUAUUUUAUCACAGUAAUGGCAAAUGGUCCAUCGCUUUGUCAACUGGGACUUCGACUAAAUGUGACUGUGAAAGAGCAGUUCUGCCAGGAACCUCUGCAUUCAGAAUUUUGCUCUGGGCAUGGGAAAUGUCUUUCUGAAGUUUGGAGCAAGGUAUACAGCUGCCAUUGUCAGCCUCCAUUUUCUGGAAAAUACUGCCAGGAAGUUGAUGCAUGUUCUCAUAAACCAUGUGAAAAUAAUGGCAGUUGCAUUAAUAAAAGAGGAAAAUGGAAUAAGCAAGGAUAUGAAUGUAUCUGUCACCCACCAUUUACAGGCAUAAAUUGUUCAGAAAUAAUUGACCAAUGUCAACCAUACGUCUGUUUCCAUGGGAAUUACAGCAAUAUUACCACAAAUAGUUUCAUUUGUGAAUGUGAUGAACCAUUUUCAGGUAAAAAAUGCACUUGUAUGUAUACAUGCAUGUGAUUUUAAUUUUGUCUUAUUUCAAAUUCAAAUUGAAAUGUUUAACUUAUUACUGAAUAAUACAAUUUUAGCAGUUCUGUACUCUGACCUUUUUUAUGGAUAAAUUUAAUAAACAAACUUGGUUAACAAUUAAAUGAUUAUUCUGCUACAUAUUUCAUAAUAUAAGAAGAGUUUGGACACCAGUGACAAGCUUUUCCACCACGAUAAAAUGUCUUUUAUUUGUUAGUACUAAAAUAUUUUUAGAAAUAGUGCACAUUUUGCACAUAAUUUGCAUAAAUUAUAUGUAACUUAUUUCUUUAAGUAACAC